GAGAGUGCAGCUCACCCUGGUGCUGGAAAAACACCGGCUGUGGAUGUGUUGGGCCGCAGCGAUUGCAACAUCGACCCUCCUGUUGCUCUCCAAUGUGAUCUCACCAAUGUCUCUCCAUCUGGUUUAGAGGAGCAGCACUGACCUGAGACACUCUCUACAUGGUCAGAGGGACAAAUAAACCUUCAGAUUUUCCCAAAAAGAAGCACUGCAGGAGUAAUGGGGGAUCUCAGGGAGAAGAUUGGGGUCAUGUCACAGACAAUAUGCCCGAGUUCACGGGCUCCGUCUGAUGAGGAUUUAAAAGCCCCAAAUGGAGGGAAAGAAGAGAAAAUGCAGAUGAAGAGAGAAAUCUCUCUCAUCAAUGGAAUCUGUCUCAUCGUGGGAAACAUGAUUGGCUCUGGGAUCUUUGUCUCACCAAAGGGCGUGCUCAUGCACAGCGCCUCUUACGGGCUGUCGUUGCUGAUCUGGGCUCUCGGCGGCAUCUUCUCAGUGUUUGGGGCUUUGUGCUACGCAGAGCUCGGCACCACCAUCACAAAGUCUGGAGCCAGCUACGCCUACAUCCUGGAGUCGUUUGGUGGCUUCCUGGCUUUCAUACGCCUGUGGACGUCCAUCCUACUGAUCGAGCCGGCCAGCCAGGCUGUGAUUUCACUGACCUUUGCCAACUACCUGGUGGAAGCUUUCUACCCGACCUGCCAGCCACCAUAUGAUGGCGUCCGCCUCAUUGCUGCAGCCUGCCUCUGUAUGCUCAUUUUUAUCAACUGUGCCUAUGUGAAGUGGGGGACUCUGGUCCAGGACGUCUUCACCUACGCCAAACUCAUGGCACUCUUCCUCAUCAUCAUUGUAGGACUCCUGAAAUUAUCUACUGGAGAAACAAAGAGCUUUGAGAGUCCAUUUGAGGGCUCCUCUACAGAUCCCGGAGCCAUAGCUUUGGCCCUCUACUCAGCUCUGUUCUCCUACUCUGGCUGGGACACACUCAACUUUGUCACUGAGGAGAUUCAGAAUCCAGAAAGGAAUCUGCCCCUGGCCAUCGCCAUUUCCAUGCCCAUAGUGACCAUCAUCUACCUGCUGACCAAUGUGGCAUACUACGUGGUUCUAGACAUGCCAUCUCUGCUGGCCAGUGACGCUGUUGCCGUGACAUUUGGGAAUGCAGUCUUGGGGCCAUUCAAGUGGAUCAUCCCUGUCUCAGUGGCCAUGUCCUGCUAUGGAGGACUCAAUGCCUCUAUCAUUGCUGCCUCACGGUUGUUUUUUGUUGGAGCCAGAGAGGGCCACCUCCCUGACAGUCUGAGUCUGAUCCACCUGGAGCGCUACACACCCAUACCUGCACUGCUGUUCAAUGGGUUAAUGGGACUGAUCUUUCUGUGUGUGGAGGACGUGUUCCAGCUCAUCAAUUACUUCAGCUUCAGUUACUGGCUCUAUGUGGGUCUGUCUGUGGCCGGCCUCAUCUACCUCCGCAUCACUCAGCCAGACAGACACAGGCCUGUCAAGCUGACCUUGUUCUUCCCCUUCAUAUACUGUCUGUGCAGCCUGUUCUUAGUCAUCAUCCCACUGUACGGAGACACCAUCAAUUCUCUCAUAGGAAUUGGUAUUGCGCUCUCUGGGGUGCCAGUCUACUAUGUGGCCAUUUACCUGCCUGAGGAGAAGAGGCCCAAAUGCAUACGCAAAUUAAACGCCUUUGCUACCAGAUACACCCAGACGCUGCUCUACUGCUGCCUGACUGAAUUUGACACAGAAACAGAAACAAAAGCAGGCACUAAAACGCAAUGAGCUGCAGGCAAACUCUGCUGUUCGUCAGGCAGCCUCCUGCCUGAGGCCACAGUCUUGAAAAACAAGGCCCAGCAUGAACAGCGCAACAAGGCGUAGAAUCACAACAUUUGUGAGGAUUACCUUUGCCAGGUCAAGUUAAAAAAAGGCCUGACAUCUCAAAUGACUUGCCUCGAAGGAGCAGGCACUGGAGAGACUGCAAACUGUUGUUUUCUUCUGUAAAUGUGAUAUACUUUUCUACAGAGAUCGAGGAAUAUUUUCUAUCAGGAUUUAAUAAAACUAUGAAAAAACUAUGUAGUUCAAGUUCACAUUUUGUUUUUGUGUGAAGAUGUAAGAUGAUUCAUCUGUUUAAAAUAAAAAAUAUAGUAUAAAAAAUAUACUCUGUCUUAAAUCAAAUAAUGAUUCUGCAGCAAGAAUUAAAUCAUGUGAUAGUCCUUUAUUAAUUAAUUAUUGAUUAAUUAGCAGGAGCAUGUUUUAUCACAUAUAUUAUCAUAUGUACAUAACUGCAAAUGUAAAAUGCUGUUGCACGUUGUAAAUUGCAACCAGUGUUGAUGAUUAGGUCCUGAGCAGCCAGUUAAGUGCCUUGUCAUUCUGUCACUUUGAAUGUUCACAUAUUGUGUUUAAUAAAUAUAACUUCAUAAUCACUCAGUGAUUUAAGAGGAUUAUCUGACUGAACUGAGCAGUCUGUGGUUUAAGCUGCAGAUGUCCCUGACUCAUGCUACAUUUGCACCAAGCUGUCAUGACAGCAAAAUGGAGGCAAACUCACUCACAAACUCAGUGAUUCACCUGUAGCAAACUGCAGCUUCUCCACAAGGGGGAGCUGUUCUGUCAUUGCCCAGUUCAACUCAUGCUGACCUGCGACACCUACAGGAAAGGAAGGAAACAUGGGUGCAGAACUAAACUGCUGCUGUUGCAUUUCUUAUCUGUAGAUGGCACAGGCUGGACUGAAAAGUUUCAUGUUAAAGGGUUGUGUGAUCCUGUUUAAACUGCCACAUAAUAGUGAAGCAGUGAGUAUAAGACAGUUACACAAUAACUUGCAACCAGCCAAACUUUGAAUCAACAGUGCAUGAAUACAGUAUAUAAUAAGCAGCUGUUCAAAGUACUUGAACUGUCAGUGUAUUUAAAACAGACUGUCUUUACUGUUUUCACAUGUUGAAGUGAUACAUUGCUUGUAAAUGAUUUUUUGACUCUCAUAUUUUCCUGUUCAUCUCUCUCUCUCUCAUGUGUUCUAUGUCUCUUUAACCUUUUGUAUUGUGAUUAAAUUGCCAAGAUUUUUCA